AAGGGAUGCCCAAAGCGCAAUUCCAAGUCGCUGUUUGCUAUUCUUCUCGAGAGUUGUGUUUGCCGCAUCUUUGUGCCACGAGCUUUGCCUUUUCUUGAGAGCAUGAUAGCAGUGAUAUCACAGUGAGCACGGCUCUGGGAUUCAGGGGUAACCUGACGCAGCGCAAUUAACCCAAGAGAUCGGAGGCCAAUGCAAGUCCCCCACUGGACAUGCUGAUGCUGGGCCACUUGCCUGGGCAGCAAAAACUGGAAAUAGUAGAACGGGGAUGGCACGGUCCUGGCCGCAGCCAGUGAGAUCCCUCAACUCGUUUGUUGCCAAAAAGAAAAGAAGUCCAUCCGAUUCACACUCCGGGCAACGAACAAGAGACUCGGACUCUUGCUUGGUCUCGCGGCAAAGUCCCCAGGGCGGCCAUUCGCACACUAUUGCUUUUUCUCGACACUCUUUUUCCCCUCCUUCUUGAUAUCUGUCCAACUCUUUGUCUCUCUUGAUAAUCAACCAUACUCGCGCUCUCUACCACCCAUAUUCGAAUCUCAGCUGCACCGUUUCGCAAACACGAAAAUCCACGGAAGUGAUCGCACCCAGACGGCAGACACAGCUGCAGUGUAGAGCAUUACCCGUCCCGAAGCCACCGCCAUCCAGCACUGCAUUCCAGCCGUGUGUAACGCGCCCGGACCCUCGAAGUCUAAGUGACGGUGCAACGGAUAUUCGUAUCAUCACACCGAGUCGUCCUUUCCUCUUCGUCGCACUUUGAGGCCUGUUUUUCGAGUCCAUUGCCUGGUGUCCGGCCGACCUCUCCAACCACAUAUCCCGCCGACCAGCGAUGUUAUAGCGCGGUACGAACAACACUUGAAACUUGAGCCGCCAAACGAACUGCUUGGAUUCAAAAUUGCAUCCAAUCGAGUACCCAGAACCGAGCCCUGAGCCGAGCGAAAGUGAAAACAGGCAAGACGAAACCAUGGCAUCCGGGGAGGGAGCGCCGAGGGCUCUCUCUCCUACCAGCACCAUUAACGAUGACAGCUUUCCCCAGUUUCCGGGUCGAUCUGAGAUGGCUGGUCCCCCGAGUAUAAUUUCCUCGCGGAUGACCGAUAUCAUGACGGAUGACGGUGGAGACACGGAAGCGCACCGCGCGGCAGGCGGCAAGAGGAGGAGCGCUUUCUAUUCGGACCUCAGUUCUCGUCCAGGAACGGCGAGGACAGGAGCAUCUGGGAGACCUCCAUGGAGCUCAGGGACGCCUUUACGUCAGGGGCUGGCGGGAAAGCGUGGGAGCGGGACUGGAAGCACCAGCAGCGCGACACAGGCAGUUCGACCACCCAGUUCGGCAACCAGAAGCCAUGUUCCGUCGUUGACAUCGCAUGCCUUCUUUCGCCCGAUGAGUUCGCAGAAAUUACAGGCGCAAAGAGGAUUCGCGAGACCGACGACGGUGAACCGGCAAUUUAUGUCCCAGGAGGACCCCCACAACCCGGCGCGAGACAGCCUGAACUCGGCUCCAGGCGCCAAGGUAGUGAGACAGUCCGCUGAUGAAGGGGACAUGCGGUCACCACCCUCAAGAGGAACGGAGUUCACCGAGCAGGAUAUGUACGAGAGGAGGACGGCCAACACGAGUCCGACAGGCCACCAUGCGACUUCGAGCUUUUCGGAUAGCGUCCGGCCGUUGCAUAGGAAGCCUGGUGAUGCUAGAAACCUUACCCUCGACAUGAGCAAAACCUACAACAAAGCUGGCGUAUCUAUCCCGACUCCUGUGCGAACACCUCGAUCUUUGCGAUCCAACUUUCUUAUGCCGAGAAACGAUUCUGGCCACAGCAACCGAGAAAUGCAGGGCGGCGAGAAGCUGGACUCGGUAGCUUCAUCACCCCAACUCCCACCCGCGAGCAGGGACGACAAGCACCCGUCGGAGGAGAAGACCAAGAAGGUGGGCCGCAACUAUCAGUAUUUCCAGGGCAACACAAUCUUCUUUUUUGGAGGCAGGUUACAAAAUGCGAGAGAUAGACCGGUCAACAUUGCGACGGGGUCUUUGGUAGUCAUUCCUGGCAUCUUGUUUCUGAUAUUCUCGGCACCUUGGAUAUGGAGCAAUAUUUCCCCAGCGAUACCCAUCACCUUCGCCUAUCUUUACUACCUCUGCGUGUCUUCUUUUUGCCAUGCAUCGGCCACGGAUCCCGGGAUCCUCCCACGCAACCUACAUCGAUUCCCACCUUCAGAGAACAAUGACCCCUGGAGGCCAAGUCCGCCGUCGACCGAAUGGGUGCUCAUCAAGUCUGCCGAGAAGACAGCCGCUGCCAUGGAGGUGCCCUGCAAAUACUGCAAGACAUGCCAGAUGUGGCGUCCACCACGAGCCCACCAUUGCCGUCUCUGCGACAACUGCGUCGAGACCCAGGACCACCACUGUCUGUGGCUCAACAACUGUGUUGGCCGGCGCAACUACCGCUACUUCUUCACCUUCAUCCUUACCGCCACCUUGCUAGGCGUGUACCUGUCUGGUGCAUCGCUUGCACAGAUUCUGGUCUACCAGCACAAGCAGAAAAUCAGCUUCAAUGCGUCAAUUUCUCACUUCCGCGUGCCCUUCGCCAUGGUCAUCUACGGGUUCAUUGCCUUCCUGUACCCAGCCGCUUUGACGGGGUACCAUGUGUUCCUAAUGGCUAGGGGUGAGACGACCCGUGAAUACCUCAACUCUUCCAAGUUCAUCAAGGCGGAACGCUUCAGAGCCUACAAUCAAGGAAGCUGGUUCAGGAACUGGUUUGUGGUGCUCUGCAGACCGAGGCCGCCAACGUACUAUCAGUUCAAGCAAUCGUGGUACGAGGGUGAUCAGAGGCUCGCACCGACGAAGAGGAUAAAGAAAGCUCGCAAGGCUGUUCCCGCUAACCCAGGGGUCGGCGUCGACUCGAAAGAGGGAAUGGAGAUGCAAGAUGUUAAGAACUCACCACAUCUUCAACAACAACAACAGCAAGGCUUUCAAGGGCCGAGACAACUGAGGUCUCAACACGACCUCGAGAGCGGACUCGCACAGCAACCACCAACAAACUAAACACCAAACACCACACACCACACCAUCGACUCGGAUGGUGCCAUUGUGCUACUACUGUACACACAAUCUUUUUGACUAUUUCCGUUUUUACGCCUCAUUACCAGACUUAUUCCCCGACUGUACUUGUCUUGUUCGUUUCUUCAUUGACAUGUUUUACACACCUUUUUUUGACGCUUAUGUCCCACGCUGUUACUGCAAAGUUCUUACGAGUUUUUCCUUUUUUAUCCCCAACGAGAUGUUCAUUCACACAUACAAAGCGGCGGCGUUUCCCACAUUUUUCUUGUAAGAUUUGGUGGUGGCUGGGUGUUUUUUUUUACGGACUUUUGAAGACCCAUCAUUCAAGAGUUGGGAGACAUUGUACAGUGGGUUGUACAUAUACACCACACGCACACGCACACGCACCACGCAGCACAAAGUCUUUGUUUUUUCCCCCUUACAUAAUGUAUUUUCUUGAUCUUUUUGAGAGGAGGAUUGGGUUGUUUGGAUUUGUUGUUUUUGGGGGGGAAGGGGGUUAGUUAGACUGCUGGAGAGGA